GGCUUGAGCCGCAGGCGGGCGCACCAGGCUCGCACCACUCCUUUUGCUUUGCGUGUUCCCAAGGAAACGCAGCGCGUCUGAGGCCGGAAAGGGGAGGGCGGUUGCUUGUUCAGAGCGCUCGGUUGCGUUGUGAUGUCAUAACGCGAACUCCCCGCGGUUCUCGAUCAGCUUCAGUGCUGCGCUUCCCUGCUUUGAGGUUACGCCACGCCCACCCUAAUGAAUUUCCUCUCUCUCGUUUUGUGGCACCUGUUCCUUCUCUACCUACAGCCUCAAUUGCGCUGAGGGAUCUGUUGCAGCCCUCUCCCAUCCUACGCCGCGAAGAUGGCACAACAGCAGCAUGGCCCCGGCGGUCACUACUCCGGGCACAACCCCAUUCCCACCGUGAGGCAGUUCGUAGAGAACCUCGACCGCGACAAGAAGAACCGUGAUAAACAAAUCGACGCUGCCAAUGUUGCGAACGGACAGACUGGGACAACAGCGCCAACUACUGCUGCUGGUACAACGCCCACAUCGCCCACAACGCCCACCAAGACAGGCAAGAAGACGCCUGCCACGACACCGAAGACGCCUGCCACGACACCGAAGACACCAGCCCAGGAUGGCGUCGAAGAUCACAAGGCUCAGUCGAAGACGAUCGAGGGCACAGAGAAAACAGUCACAGACCCCACAACUGGUCGGGAAGUCGUGAUUGCGGACGUGAAUAAGGAUAUGAUCGAUGAGGUCGAGAACCCACAUCUGAUUGUGCCCAAUGCCAACCUGAAUAAGCCUACUCCCAUCAAGACAGACCCUUCACAAUCGCUCGCCGAGUACAAGGAGGCGCAAGAUGUGACCGCACCACCAGACCCAGUCGCCGAAGGGACUACCUCUGAUGUACCCAUCCAUGGCGAAAAGACUAACGUUCUUUUCCACCCCACGCCGUCCGUCAGCUAUGAGCCCAUGUUCGCUGAGCUAGAGAAGCGGGCUGGAAUACUAUGCAUUGGCAUCUUGAUGACUACAGUAGUCGUGGGUAAAUUGUUCGGUGGUGCUUUGAAGGGCCUGAUUCCCUUGGCCAUGUGUCUGGCAUCUGGAGUCUGGCUCUGGAUGAAGGAGGUUGUGCGCAGCGGUAGGGAGGUCGAGUGGUCUAGCGAGCAGACUCGGGGCCAACUGGCCACCCUCAACCUGCUCCCCGAAUCCGUCGAAUGGAUGAACACCCUCCUUGGCAUAAUGUGGGGGCUUAUCAACCCUGACAUGUUCCAGGGCGUUGCCGAUACACUUGAGGAUGUCAUGCAGGCUUCUGUUCCAGGCAUCAUCGAGAACGUCCGAGUCGCCGAGAUCAACCAGGGAAGCAACCCUCUUCGAAUUCUCAGCAUGCGCGCGCUACCCGACAAGCACAUGGGCGAGGUGAAGCAGGCCAUCCACGAGGAGAACAAAAAGACCAAAGACCCCCAAGAAGCGGCAGCAGACGAGGAGGGCGGUGACUUCUACAAUCUGGAAGUCUCGUUCGCCUACCACGCCCAGCCGAGCGGCAAGCGUACAUCAGACAAGGCCCGCAAUAUGCACAUGAACUUGGUAUUCUACCUGGGGAUUAAGGGUCUCUUCGGUGUCCCACUGCCAAUUUUCGUCGAGCUUCAGUCGUUAGUCGGUACUGUCCGCCUGCGAAUGAACUUGACACCCGAGGCACCCUUCUUGAAGAACCUAACAUUCACCCUGAUGGGUGUUCCCCAGGUCACGGCCGGCUGCGUUCCCAUGUCUGAGAAGGCGCCCAACCUUCUUAACCUCCCGCUGAUCAGCAAUUUUGUUAACUACGCAAUUAAAGCAGCGGCGAGCAUGUACGUUGCUCCUAAGUCCAUGUCCAUUGACAUGAGGGCUAUUCUGCAGGGCGACUCAAUCCAAAAGAAUACCGAAGCCCUCGGUGUGCUCUGGAUUCGCAUCCACCGCGCAAAGGGUCUCAGCAAGCAGGAUCGACGCGGCUCCAAGCACGGUGGCAGCGACCCAUACAUCACACUCGCAUUCUCGAAAUACGGAAAGCCGAUGUACUGCACUCGCGUCAUCACCGAUGAUCUCAACCCCAUCUGGGAGGAGACUGCUGCUCUUCUCGUUAGCCCCGAGUUGAUCAAGGCGAACGAGAACCUGAGUGUCGAACUUUGGGACUCUGAUAGGCAUACCGCGGAUGAUAUCGUUGGCAAGGUCGAGCUCUCCAUGCAAAAGAUGAUUCAGCACCCUGGCAAAAUGUACCCUCAAGUCUCGAAGCUGGCGGGUAUGGAUGCGGACAGCGAGAUGCCUGGCGAGCUGCACUGGGAGGUCGGCUACUUUGGUAAGCCCAAGUUCAGGCCUGAGCUGAGGACAGACGGCAAGAACAAGUCUCUCCCAGACCAGCUCAAGGACGACCCCAGCCUUCAGGAUGAGAAAGGUGUAAUCAACUCAGACGACGACGAUGCGGUCAUGCACACUCCUCCGGACCCGCUCUGGCCUAGUGGUGUAUGCAGCAUUAUCGUCCACCAGAUUGUCAACCUCGAACUUGAGAACGUCAAGGGUACCGCGGGCAGUAGGAAUGGCCGCGAGUACGAGCCCGCUAAGCCUUACGGCGAGGCCACCGAGGAGACUGGCGGCGAUCUUCCUACCUCAUACUGUACUAUUCUGUACAACGAUCAGCUGGUUUACCGCACCCGCGCCAAGGCAGUCUCCUCUCAACCCAUCUUCAACGCUGGAACGGAGCGCUUUGUUCGCGACUGGCGCUCGGCUAUCAUCACUGUUACAGUCCGCGACUCGCGCAACCGCGAGCACGAUCCCAUCCUUGGUGUUGUACCCCUCAAGCUCUCUGACAUCCUCGAGACCUCUUCGCAAGUCACUCGCUGGUACCCUCUUGAUGGUGGUAUUGGUUUCGGUCGCGUUCGCAUCUCACUUCUGUUCCGCAGCAUCGAGACACGCCUGCCUCCCCAGAUGCUCGGUUGGGACGUUGGUACAUUCGAGUUCAGAUCUCACAAUAUCCUGAUGACUGGCUACAACCACUCCCCCAAGCUCAAGCUCCGAACAGGUGGCAGCACAGGCAAGAUCAGCCGCGCCCACGCGCAUAAGCUGCCUGAGGGCGACGGCUACUACUUCGAUAUGGAGAAGCAUGACGGCCGCGACAACGUUCGCCUGCCUGUGAAGCAUCGCUACAGAUCCCCUAUCGUCUUCGAGUUCCACACAGCCGGCAAGCGCAAGGCAGACGCCUACGCUGUCAUUUGGCUACAGCACUUCAUCGACAACGAGGAUGCCGACAUCAACAUCCCUAUCUGGCAAACACAACACCCUCAGCGUCUCACACAGAACUACAUCACCGAAGACAACUGUGCGCAGGAGCCUGGCCUUGAGGACCUCAAAGAGGUCGGUCGCUUGCAAUUCCGUGCGCGCUUCAAGGCCGGCACAGACGAGUCCCAUCAAUCUUUCGUCGUCGACAAUGAUUCACGCGAGACGUACGAGACCUGGGAAGCAUGUCUUACUGAAGGCGUGCGCACCCGCAAGGUCGACAAGGAACUGCCUGAGCGCGUACAGCAGCUCCACGAAGAGUCCCUCACCGCAGGUCGCGACAUCCUCAAGAACGCUGACGAGGAGGAGAAAAAGAAGUGGCUCGCAAAGGACGGCAAGGACUGGUCUGGCGCCUUCGGCGAAGAUCCCAAAGCCUACAUGGAUACCAAGGGCCGCAAGCGCCGCGAGCCCGGCGUCGAAGAACCUUUGCACGACCGCUUCCACCCGUCCUCCGACGAAGACCACGACGACGACUCCGACAACGACUCCACAUCGAGCUCAGAUCUGGGCGUCGAAGACGCAAUGACCGCCGGCAACGCAUCUGCCAUGCCUGGCGGGCCCAGCGGCGGCGACCAGUCGAAGCAGGACGGCGGCAUCAAGCACCAGGCGACCGACCUGUCACCCGACGGUACAGCAGGCCGUCCGAGCCAGAGCACGGCACGCACAUGGGAGACAUCGGACUCAAACGGCAGUCAGUCGAACAGCAGCAUCAACAAGCAGAACAAGCGGACCGAGGAGCGCAAGCACCGCGGAUUGAUGCAGUGGAAGCCCGCGAGGAAUAUUGUUUUCGCCAAGGACCAGAGCAAGAUUGGCAUCAAGAAGUUGACUAAGAAAGUGACGGGCGGCUUGGAGGGCCGACAGCCUGGCGUUGAGACUGAAACUGGAAACUAAACGACUCUCCUGCAUACCAUAACCGAGGUUCAGCAAGGCGUUAUGGUGCAGAUCCAUUUUGUGGAAGUCAAAUGACUACGAUGAUUUCAUUUUGUGAUAACGAUAGCGUGCAGGCGAAAAGGCAAUAAGUGGUUUGGAAAUAGUAAUUGUAUCACAGAAGCUACAGCAUGUAGGACUUACUUCAACGUCUCCGACACGUUAGCAUGACGACCCACAAUGUGUUUCGGUGCGAGCCUGGGCUUCAGCUCUGCUCGACGGCUUGUUCUCGGCAAAGACUGAUAUCACGUUCGUAUAGUGUCACGCAUGCACACUUACCUGGCUGUCGAAUUCACCAACGAUAUCAGGCGGACUAUCACGUAGCA